UCCGCGCCAAACAAUACGGUUUCGGUUGUUAUCCAUCGGAAAUGAAGUUCGCGCUAGUUCUGUUGGCAGUGUCGGUCGGUGUGGCAUACGCGUUGGAAAAUGGUCUUGCCCGCAGCCCUCCAAUGGGUUGGAUGAGCUGGGAGCGGUUCCGGUGUAUUACGGAUUGCAAAAAAUAUCCAGACGAGUGCAUUAGUGAACAGUUGUUCAAGCGUACGGCGGACUUGAUGGUGUCGGAGGGAUACCUGCAGGCCGGCUACGACUUCGUGAACAUCGACGACUGUUGGUCGGAGAUGGAGCGCGAUGCUAACGGAAUUUUGAUUGCUGAUAAAAAGCGGUUUCCCAAUGGGAUAAAGCAUUUGGCAGACUAUAUUCAUGCUAAAGGAUUGAAGUUCGGUCUGUAUCAAGACAUUGGAACGAAAACAUGUGCUGGCUACCCAGGAAUGAAAAACUACUUUGAAAUAGAUGCGCAAACUUUUGCUGAUUGGGAUGUUGAUUUCAUCAAAAUUGACGGGUGCUACGCCGAUGAGUACAAAAUGGUGAAUGAUUACAUACUUUUUGGAGAACUCAUGAAUAAAACUGGUAGACCUAUUCUGUACUCCUGCAGUUGGCCAGCUUACCAGGAGUAUAACGGGAUUAUUCCAGAUUAUGAUAUACUAAAGAAGACUUGCAAUAUGUGGCGUAACUGGGGUGAUAUCGAAGAUUCCCACAGCUCAGUGGAAUCCAUCACUCGCUACUUCUCAGACAAUCAAAAGCGAAUACAACCACACUCGGGUCCCGGCCAUUGGAACGACCCAGACACACUCGUCCUUGGAAACUAUGGUCUAAGCUACGAACAGAGUAAGUCACAACUAGCCGUGUGGACCGUGCUUGCAGCACCGCUGCUCUUGUCCAACGAUCUGGCCACAGUCCCACCGGAGAUCAAAGAACUCCUGCAGAACAAAGAUAUCAUAGCGGCCAACCAAGACCCAUUAGGAAUUCAAGGUCUACUGGUAAAAACUAUUAACAGAAUCGAGAUAUGGAAACGCCCGAUACUUCCCAAGGUGAAGGAUGAACUGACGCAAGUUGUGGCUUUUGUCAGCCGUCGUGCUGAUGGAGCACCAUAUGCGAUCCGAGUGAAGCUCGCGGAAGACCUUGGCAUCGAAAACAGCAGUUACAUCAAAGGUUACAAGGUUUAUGAUUUAUUCAAUAGAGACCGCAAACCUUUGUUUGUACCCGCAAAUGGAUCUUUCGAGACGCGUAUCAAUCCAACGGGAGCCAAUUUCUAUCGUUUCGAGCCAAAACUAAAUGUAUUUUUAAGAGGUAUGGUCGAGGAUGAGUAGCGUGUACUCUUGUAAAAUUAAUCCUGUAAAAAUAGUAAACAUAUGCCAUGCAUUCAUUUUGAAAUAAUAUACAACUGAAUGAAACA